AUGAUGGUCAAAGGCCUCGUGUUGUCAUUACUCUUGGUUACAGCGACAGUAACCGCCGAAUAUAACGAAACUUUGGCCAAGGUUUUGCUGACCUUGUCGGCCUCGGCGUACAACGAGGAUCCGAAUGAGUGUCUGAGUAAUCGAUUUGGAAAUGCCGCGGUAAGUUUUUGAAGGCGUAUUCAUGGCUUACAUAACUCACAUGACUUUGAUAUUAAACUUGAAAAAAAAAUAUUCAAAAAUCAAAGGAAAAAAAGGGCUUUUGACUGUAUGCAAUCAAUUUUUCCUGAAUUUUCAGCUUGUUGAACGCUAUGAGGUUGAUUGCGACUCCACGGACAAUAACACUUGUGCUGCUUACAUUGCCUUGAUCCAUGAUGAACAGGCAAUUGCAUUGGUUUUCAGGUAAUUUUCUUCUAUAGCUUUUGUGGCUAAAGAACAUAUAAAUAGAUCUCCGUAUUUUACAAUUUAUUAAAACUACUUUCUUUGCAUUUUCCAGAGGCACAGUUGGCCACAACCAGUUGGAAUUGGAAGUACUGGCCGGACUCGCCUUGCCGAAAAACUUCCAAGAUACGGAUACAAAAGUCAACAAGUACUUUGACAUCGCGUUUGGGGACCUUUGGGCCUCCGGAAUACCAGCGCAAAUUGAGAAAUUGAGGAAGGAUUACCCCAGUUAUAAACUUUGGGUCACCGGGCAUUCGCUUGGAGCAGCGCUUGCCUCGCUGGGCUCGUUGGCGUUGAGUUUGGAUGGAACUUGGAACGAGAGUAACUCCGAGCAUUACACCUUUGCGUGAGUUGGGAGCCUUAGUCAAAAUUCUGUAGAACGAAGUUCAAAUAUUUUUUUAUAAGCAUUUUGACUUUUCUGAGCUUUUUUUGGUCUAAAACUGACUUGUGGUUACGGAAGUCUGUUCUAGAGAGGCUUCUCUGUAUAACACAUAAAUUUGAAAAUGAUGACUAAAGACGCCCUUUUUAAGGACUAAUUUCAGUGGGUUGUCAAGAAACGACCAAAACUCCAAACAUAGUUACAAAAAAGUAUUUACAUCAAUAGGAAAAUGGUUCAUUCGGACCGCCGAGAUUCAAACACACAACAUAUUUUCAGCAAGCCCCGCGUCGGUCACAAAAACUACGCCGAUCUCCACAAUAAAUACGUCCCUGGACACUACCGCGUUGUUCAUGCUCACGACACCAUUACCAACACUUAUCCGAUCAUUUUCGGAUAUCUUCACGAAAAGAAUUGGAUUUGGUAUAACAACGACAUGACCCCAGGCAGCAGCUAUGUCGAAUGCUCCGGCGAAUUCGACCCCAAAUGUGCUGCGUAUCAGAUAUUGGAUAGUGAUCUGAUGUAUGCUCAUAGACAUUAUUUUAAUGUCACUGUUACUGCAUACGGCAAAGAAGGUUGCCCUACGGCAAUUUUCUGA